AUGGCUGCGGCGGGGGGCGCGGUGAGCCGCAGGGGCCCCGGGCGGCCCUGCCCCUUCUCCAUCGAGCACAUCCUUUCCAACCUGCCCGAGCGGAGCCCCCCGGCACGGGCCGCCCGCACCCCGCAGCCCGCAGGCCACCAGAGCCCCGCGGAAUCCGGAGAGCCCGGGGCGCCCGAGGCCGCGCCCUGCGCCUGUUGCUGCUGCUGCGGACCCCGCGCCGCGCCCCGCGGGCCCCCGGAGCCGGCCUCCGGACUGGGCGCGCGGCUGCCGUGGCCGCUGAGGCUGGGCCCCGCGGCGCCCUUGCCCUUGGCCGCGCCCACGGGAGGCCCGGGGGCGCUGCCCGGCACGGGCGGUCCCGGCCCGCAGCGGCGCACGCGGCGCCACCGCACCAUUUUCAGCGAGGAGCAGCUGCAGGCGCUGGAGGCGCUCUUCAUGCAGAAUCAGUACCCCGACGUGGGCACGCGCGAGCGCCUGGCCGGCCGCAUCCGCCUGCGCGAGGAACGCGUGGAGGUCUGGUUCAAGAACCGCCGGGCCAAGUGGCGACAUCAGAAGCGCGCGUCAGCGACCUCGAGGCUCCUCCCCGGAACCAAGAAGCCCGCAAAGGAGAGCUGCUGAUGGCUCUGGGAGCUACUCCCGGGCUUGGCCGGGUCCUUUGGGGUUGGCUCAGGGAGGGGACAGAUCGACCCGAAAUGGUGCUGACAGAGGACACCUCUUCCCGCCUGCAGGCUUCCUGCAUCCUGCAGCUAGUGCUCAAGGCAGGAGCUUCUCUGCCAGACAGCAGAGAAGCUCCCGUGCCCACCCCCUGUGUCACCUGCCCCAGGAAAGGAGGGAACGCUGAGCAUCUCCAGGUGCUCUCCUUUCCAGCGACUAGGGUCGGGGAGAUUCCCCGGGAGCUGCAGCGGGGGGUGGGGGGGGGUGGUUGGUUGCUGGGAGCAGGGCACAGAGCAGAUAAGCUUCCUCAACUCCCCGCCAACUCCAGGACAGGAACCAUCCCCUUGUCAGGAGGUCCCAGAAUCCUCCUCUCCCUCCUGGGGUAUGCUGAUGUCCCGCCUUUUCUCAGCAUGGACAUAGGUCUCUUGACAUGGCCAAGGGGGUGAAGGGGGUGUUCUGUGCAUUCUGGGGUUGUCAGCUCGCAUGUCCUGCACUGGGCCUUCCUGUCCAGAGCUAUAGGAUAAGGACAUUGGAUGAGGUCAUCUCCAGAAGCCCCCUACCCUGCCCCUUAAUUCUGUGAGCCUUGCCUGGAUACUGGGAAAUAAACAAGCAACUACAAACGGCA